AUGGACUUCACGACUAUUCUGAACCGCAAGAAUUCUGCCGCAGCCGCCGCCGCCGCCGCAGAAGCACAAUUACACCAACAAUAUCUUCAAAGUGCACACAUGAAUCAACAUUCUCCAGCCAUGAAGCCUGAACCAGGUGCUGCGGACAACCCUGUGAACGCAUACCCUCCCCAUGCAGGUGUGCCUAUGGACCAGGGACUGGCGGAGACAUUUUACUACGCCCAAGCUCAGGGCUCCGCUCCUAGAAACAUGGGGUAUGUCCCUGGUGGAUAUGGCGGAGAACCUCAGAUGCAGCAGGCCCCCGUUCCUUCUGGGCGAACUGGCGCGGAGGCUCCACCCAAGACGUUCCAUUGCUCUACUUGUAACAAGGGAUUUGCUCGACGCAGUGACCUUGCCCGUCACGAACGAAUCCAUACUGGUGUUCGACCACAUGCUUGUGACUGGCCGGGGUGUGGAAAGCAAUUUAUUCAACGGUCCGCACUGACCGUGCACUCUCGAGUUCACACUGGAGAAAAACCCCACAUGUGUGAGCGUUGCGGAAAGCCUUUCAGUGAUUCGUCAUCCCUUGCCAGACAUCGUCGAAUUCACUCCGGAAAGCGACCCUACAAAUGCCCUUACGCCAACUGCCAAAAGACGUUCACUCGACGUACGACAUUGACCCGCCACCAAAAUCAUCACACGGGGACGAUCGAGGAAGCUGCUGCUGAGACUGAAGCCAACCUGCGUCAGAACAAAGAACGACGUGCUCCUGGCGAGGGUAUGUUCCCGGAUCAUGGUUCAAUGGGCUCAACUCCAUCUCCUGCCCAGCACCCAUCCAUGUCUCCAGGAGGUGAUCUACCACCCUUGAACAUGCAUCGCUCAACUGGAGACUACUAUAUGGGAAGUGGUCCUAUUCCACCUCAUAUGCGAGGAGACUUCCCUCAAGCCAGUCCCCGCGCUUCUCCAACAGCCACAUCCCCUUCGCUAUCCAGCUAUGGUAGUGCUCCUCACGCCCGCCCUCCUAUGACUUCACACCCUUACGCACCUCCGCAACCUCUGGAGCCCCCGGCCAACAAUGACCACCGUCCGAACAGUGUGAACGGUAGCCCACACAUGACCAGUCUGGGCUGGGCAUCUCCCUCUCAUGGCAGUAUGCCUUCGCCAGGGUCAACCAAUGAUUUUGGCUACCCUGAACCCAGCGGGCCAGCAUACCCAACAUCCAUGCCUCCUCACAUGUACUUCCCCAACUCAACCAUUCGUCGGCCCAAUAGUACCGAACCGGACAACUAUGAUAGCAAGUCGCGGAUGGGGGACCAUACCUGGUCUACACCGGUAUGA